AAUUCAACGGGCGCGCGCGAUUUGUCGCUCGAUCGGCGAUCGUCGUCGACGUCGGGUUGCUCGCGAGGAGGACAGUGCGCGUGGUCUGCAAAUGCAACGAACGUAGAAGAACGUGUGGUGGCCGUGGUGACGCGAGUCAGUCGAGAUCUCGUGUUCUUCGUAAUACACGAGCUGGUGUGUGGUGAGUCGAAAGUUUCGUAACCCGCCGAUCGAUCGAGUCAGGGAAAGAAAACGAAAGAAAGGAUUUCGUGCGUCAUACGUGCAGAAAUUCCGAGGACUGAAACAAGAAGGGGGAGAAUAAGGACGAAAGCGGAGGGGAACGAAAAUAUUUCGACCCGAGCCAAGUCGCGGCGCGACGAGUGGAGAGAGGAGAGGAAAGAAAUCGAGCGACGGUCCGUCGAUGUUACGAUCGACCAUUGAAACGUCCGUGUCGCGGGUAAAGAAACGGGCAACGAUGAUCGACUCGAGGAGUUUUUCGAUUGGCAAGGUUUGAUAUCGCAAAACAAGCAGAAAGAUGAGUCUCUCGCCGGUCGCCAACAGAAGCUUCCUUCACGGGGAUCGAAAGGGUUUCACGAGUUCGGAGAAAAUUGUGUACGCGACGCUCGACAGUCUCGCCCUGAAACGAGCGCGAUUACCUUUGCAGCUGCUACCUACCGAUACCAACGAUUUCAAGAAGGAGGAAAACGUUUCUGUCGUGUCGUCCGUAACCGGGAAGUGCGAUCGGAAGAUUAACCGGGACAACGUUCCGUUUGAAAACCGUGGGCACUACUCGACGGGAACAACAACAACACAUGAGCCGCCCUCGGAAGACCACCGAACCGUCGAAAGCAGAACGGAAUAUGUCGUCGGGCGAGAUGUCCAAGGAAAAACUUCCGAGCAGCGUAUCGAUGCCGAUAACGCUGCUGAUAAAAGCACGAUUAGAGUCGUGGAAAACGUCGAGGAAAGAGAAUUCUGUUCGGGCGAUUACGAGAAGAUCGAAUUAUCGUCCAGCGUUAAAAAAACAUCUUUGAAUCGUCGAGGUGUCGAGACCGAAACAACGAGUUUCGAAAACGAAACAGCUUUGUAUUCGAACACAGGGAUAACUUUGAAAUCCGUCUCCUUGAACGAUCUCGGCGACGAGACGAACACGUUAGAAGCGUUUCCCGUAGCUGACAAGUCGACGACAACCUCGACUGGACUCGACCACGAGCGAGAAAGCAACGAUAAAAAAAAGAGACAUUUCGCGAGAAACGUGUUACACUUGGUGCCAGAUUAUCUCGCGAAAGGGUCGAAGCGAGCGCGAAAAAAGAAGAACAGCUUGAGCUCUUCGUGGAGCUCGUUGAGGCCGGAGUCCAUGGAUUCGAGGAACGGGACUGGCCUCGACUCUAGGUACAGAUCGAAGAGCCUUUCCAGGGACGAGUCCAAGUGUCGAGAGAUCUCGUCCCCGACGAAUUUCGUCCACGUCGCCUCUGCGACAAAUCCGAGGCUGAUCUCGAAUGUAAACACGGUCCAAUUCGGUUCGGAGCAAGUUGUGAUCACGCACGAAGAAAAGUGUGCCACGGUGCCUCUCCUUGUCUCUUCCAGGGACGAGGAUACGUCGACCGAAAAUCGGUCCGAGCAACGAUCGAUCGUAGCGGAAGGAACGUCGGAUCGUGGUACCUCGAAACUAGGUAGGAAUAUCGCCAUAUCGGAGACAGUGGAGUCCAGACGGGAAUUCUUGCUGGAGUUGCGCGCAAGAUCGGCCCAAGUGUUGGAGCGUAGCCAACGAGUGAAAACAGGCGAGUGUCGGACCGACGAUCGCCAAGAGAGAAUCUACGAGCCACCGUGCGAGCCGGGUUUUCCAUUGGCACGCGCCAACCACAGUUUUCUAUGGAGCGUGCGUGCCAAAAGCCGUUUAGAGAAUUGCCGCGAGGAGGAGGAGGAGGAGGAGGAGGAGCCGUGGUCGCGCGACAGGCUGGAUCGGAGUAUCGAGGACGACAUCGACGAUGGACAAUACGACGACGUAGGGCCGUCCGAUACGAUUAAUCAGUGGGAGGAGCUGGUGAAGGCGAAGAAGGAAGAGGAGGGGUUGGAGGAGGAGAAGGAAGACGGAGAGGACAAAUACGAGGACGUGGGCUCGCCUUGGACACAGACACAGAUCGACCAUCGGAUUGCUACGGAUUUCGACGAGAUUAUCUACGACGACGUUGCGUCUCCAAUUGCGAAGGUGACACCAAACGAUUCGAGUAGCAAUCGUUUCAAGCUAAACGAGCCUGUUGAGAAAAAUACUGCUGGUAGCACCGAGAUUCAGGAUGACGAAUCGAAGCGAGACAACGACGACGAUGACGAUCGCCAUUAUCCGUUGCUGCCCAACGACUAUUCUAGCGUGGAUGACGCGGAUACCGAUGAAAUGGAGGACAACGAGCACGGUGUGUACGAUGACGUCGGCCUGCCAAGCGAGGAACGAGUCAACAGCCUGUACGCUGGUUCUACGACUGGCUCGAUCUUCGGCAAGGAAUCCGAGUGGGAGGAUCUGGAAGAUCCGACGACCGGUUCUCUAUCUCGCGCGACGAAAGACAACGGAUUCUCCGCGGAGACGCAAGUCGUUUCGAAUAAGACGAAGACCCGUCAGAAGUGGCUGCGACGACGAAAGGUCGGCCGACAACGUUCGGAGGUGUCCAAAAAGAGUUGGAAGUCGACGAAAAAGCUGAUCGGAGACUCCACGUGCCACGUGGCUGUAAGCCUCGGUAGCGGCUCGAUAUUGCUCGUUGGUCGCGCGGAGAAAAUCGAAGGAUGGCCCGUGGAAGAAUCGAACGAUCGGAGGCGGCUGACAGCGCUGGGAAACACGCGGAGAACGCAAGGUCUCGUUCAGAUGAGGGUCAUCGACCUGGACGAGGACGAGGACACCCAGGAGACGUCGUGUUACGUUUACGAAGACAACGGAUCCGACGACAGCACCUACGAGAGUAUCCGUUCCUUCCAGCCGGAUGACUUCGCCUCGGAUUUCGAGUCGGAGUUCGAGUCGGAGUCGGGGUCGGUGUCGGUGUCGGUGUCGGAAUGGGAGACGGAGACGAUCGACACGAGAGUCCCGAGAGCCGAGCCAAACGGGGAAGACGCGAGGAUCACGAACGCGUGUCUAGAAGCUCCGACAAAACCGAAUCCUCCGCCACCGCGCGAGGCCAGCUUGACGCAGACGCUGGGCAGAAGGAUAAAGAUGCUACGGAGGACGUGGAGCAUCACCAAAGGAAGCCUAGGCCGUAUGAGGAGAAGAACAUCGGUCGACGACGAACGUUCUAUCGAGGAGGCGAACAAAGAAUCCUCGAACUCGCAACAUCCACACUUGGACGGCGCGAACGCGAAAUAUUUUAGCUUCGCAAGUAAGAGCGUCACUGGACUUUCGACGUUUUACUUGAACGGCGCUCUCGCUAAUGGUAGCAACGAACCGACCAGAACCGAGGAUGACCAUCCGACCAAGGAGCCAGUAUAUGGGAAUACCUACAGAGAACCGGGAAACGAUCCGUACAGCAUACUCGCCGAUCAAGAGCCCCUUUACCAAUUUUACGCGGCGGCUGCUGUCCGAGGAGCGAUCGACUCCAAUUCCGAAGGGUACGAGGAGGUCGACGAUACGAUACCGUCUCAAUCCACCACGGAUUUGGCAAAACCGGGGCACAGAACGUUGUGGUGUCAGACACCGCAGGUGGCGGGUAGUCAUCUUUUACAACAUCUAACCGCCGAGGAGAGGAAAAUUCAAGAAGUGAAAUUCGAGAUUCUGACCUCGGAAGCAUCGUACUUGAACUCGCUCCGCGUUCUGGAGAACGAGUUUCUCAACGAGCCCGCGAUCAACGAUACGUUAACGUCCACCGAGAAAGAUAAAUUGUUCGGCGGUAUCCCAAGCGUGUUACAGCGGUCGGAACAGUUCCUGGCCGAACUGGAAGGCGUAUGGAGGCAGGAUCCAAUGUUGCACGAGCUGCCAGACGUGUUGCUUAAAUACGCCGACAAAUGCCUGGAUAUAUAUGUGGCUUACUGUACGAAUCAGGUCGGCAUAGACUCGACUCUGAAAGACUUGAGGACGCAAAAGGGCCAGAAAUUCCGCGAAACCGUCUCACAAAUAGAAGCCCGUCCCACUUGCCAAAGCUUGUCGCUUCAUUCGUUUCUAAUGUUGCCGAUGCAACGAAUAACCCGACUUCCAUUAUUGGCCGACGCAGUUCUUUCCAAGUUAUCGAUAGACCACGCUGACAGAUCGCGUUGGGAAAGAGUAUUGUCCAGUUUAAGUUACAUUGUCGCCGAAUGCAACGAGGGUGCGCGUGCUGCGGCGAAGGAAGUGGAAAUGGAAAACUUAGCCAGAAAAUUGGAAUACUCCGCGAAAAUUAAGCCUAUCCUCUUGAGGGGGAAACAUUUAGUGAAAAGUGGACCGGUUGUACAGUUGUUGACUAAAGCGGACGCAGAAUACAAGCUCACGUUCGGGAAAAAGUUUAACAAGACACCACUCUACCUUUUACUGCUCACGGAUUACCUUCUAGUCGCAAAAUAUAAGUCUAGUACUCAGGACGAUACGUAUACCGUAAUAGAUAUCUGUAAGAGGAGCUUGAUCGCUUUAGAAUCAGUCCCGGAAGAUUCUCCGUUCGCCGGACGUAAUGCCAUGCUACUUACUCUUCUGGAGAAUUAUUCCGGUCGUCAGGCUGAAUAUAUUUUAACUUGCGAAAGCGACACGGAAAGGCAGAGAUGGCUAGAAGCCGUGUCGCCCUCGAAACACGGUCUAGUAGGCGAGACCUUGUACGAAGUGUGGGAUUGUCCUCAAGUAGUCGCUUUGUACAGUUACUCUCCCAUUCAGUCGGACGAAUUGUCGUUGCAUCCAGGGGAUGUCAUAAACGUACUGAAAAAAAUGUCGGACGGUUGGUUCCACGGUGAGAAAUUGUUGGACGGCGAGCAAGGCUGGUUCCCUGGUAAUUACACGAAGGAAGUCGCCUCCGAGCAUGUUCGCGCGAGAAAUCUUAAACAAAGGCAUCGUCUUCUCGCUUUAAACGGCACUGUACUGCAACGAAAAGCAAAACAACAAUCUCCCGUUUACUGAUCCAAUAAACUGCCGUUGAAUUACAAAUGA